AUGGCGAGGCUGCACGGCCACGCCGUCAUCACGACAUGCAGCCCCCGCAACUUUGAGUUGGCGAGACGAGCGGGAGCGACUCACGUUUUCGACUAUAACGAUCCAGAAGUCACGGCCAAGAUUCGCUCCGCUGCACCGGACUUGGCUCACGUUUUCGACACCAUCGGUUCGGCGACGUCCUCGGCUACGGCAUGCGAGGCGAUCGACGGGCGGCCUGGAGUCUUGUGCACCGUCCGGCCGGGCAAGGCCAACACGGGGAACGUGCCGCAGAACGUCAAGGUCACGGAUGUCUUCGUGUUCACAGCCUUUCCGACGCCGCAUUCGUACCGGGGGGCGGCACACUGGCCCAUCAACUUGCCGGACCACGAAUUGAGCGUUGAGCUGUACGAUCAACUGCCGACGCUCCUGGUGGAGGGGAAGCUCGUGCCUCCUGCGGUGAAGGUUGCGGGGGAGCUGGGUCCAGAGACCGUUGCUGAGGCCAUGAAUCUCAACCGCAGUGGCAAGAUAUCGGGGGAGAAGCUUUGCUUCAAGGUGUCGGCGGAUGCUACUGAUGAAACUGAGGGUGCAAAGUGA